UGAUAUAAAUCUUAUAUACAGUAUUUAUGUGGGAGUUAUGCGGUUGAUGAAUUAACAAGGAUUAUGCAUUAUUUUAUGAUAUUAUAUGCAGAUAUAGUCGUGGACAUUAUUCUUAUUACAUUACUCUAUCCAGUUCAGAUCUGUUGUUCUCUAUUUGUCUGAGUGUUGUUUGGUAUAGAGAAGCUGUAAAUUAUGUAAUAAGUAAAUUUUUAUAGUAAUUGUGUGAGUUUGCUUAUUCUGAAUGAACAUUAUUUUCAUGCUCAGAAUUAUGGAUGUUAUUGACAAGAGUUUGCUAUAGAUCAACUUCUAAUACCAUAGAUAUGUUGAAGUUGAAGUCAACUUACUUGUAGAAUUUCACUUUUUAUCAUAUCAUGCAGGAAGGGAGAUAGCUCAUUUUAUAUGGGAGUCGCAUCCGCCAGGAAUGAUUUUCAUUGAUAUGUUGAAAAAAUGACAAUACUGCAAUCAUCAAUUUUAAUUCUACUUUCAUCAUUCGUUUCUUUCCAAUUAUAUUCAAGAUAUAUCAGCAUCACCAUUGAUUUACCAGAUGAAGAAUAUGAUUUCAUAAUUGUUGGCGGAGGAACAACGGGCAAUGUUGUUGCAAGCCGUUUGAGUGGAGAGACUACAUUCAAAGUCCUGAUCCUUGAAGCUGGAUCUGAAGAUGGAUUUGAUCCUCGUUUGAAUAUUCCAAUAUUUUCUCCUUUUAACACAAGAUCGCAGAAUGAUUGGGGUUAUGAAUCUGAAAGUCAACCAGGAAUUUUCUACUUGAAAAAUAAUAAUGUGGAAUUAUUAACAAGAGGUAAAACACUGGGAGGCAGCAGUGCUGCCAAUUUUCAAUAUUACAUGAGAGGAAGUCCAUCAGAUUAUGAUUCCUGGGAGUCGGAAGGAAAUGUUGGAUGGGGAUUUGAAAGUGUUUUGAAGUAUUUUAUCAAAUCCGAAAGAUCGGAUCAUGUCUUUCCUGUUGAUAAAGAAUUUCAUGGCAUGGAUGGACCUCUGCAUAUAAAACAUCAUGAAAAAAUUCCACUGACCGAUGUAUUUCUCAAUGCAACAAAAGAAAUUGGUCUGAAACAUAUCUCUGAUCACAAUGGUAAAGAUAUUAUUGGUGCUGCACUAAUGCAAACUUCAGUGAAAAAUGGAAUUCGACAAAGUUCUUCAACAGCUUAUUUACGUCAUUUUGCUAAACAGAGGAAAGAUCGUCUUCACAUUGUAGCUGAUGCCCACGUUACAAAAAUUUUAAUCAAAGAGAGAAAAGAUGGAAUUAAAUCUGCUACAGGAGUUGAAUUUAUUAAGAAUGGAAAAACAAUUUCUGUGAAUGCUAAAAAAGAAGUAAUAUUGAGUGCGGGAGUUUAUGGAACACCUCAUAUUUUGAUGUUGUCUGGAAUAGGACCAGCUUAUCAUUUGCAAGAGCUUGGAAUCAAUGUUAUUAAAGAUCUUCAUGGAGUUGGUUCAAAUUAUCAGGAUCAUAUUGCUCGACCACUGUAUUUUUAUGCAAGGAACUUAUCAUUUGGUGACACUUCAGGAAAUGAAGAAAUCUUUUCAAGUAUUCCUGGAUGGAUAUGGAAAGGCACUGGACCAUUGGGAAAUAUAGGGGGUGCAUUGGCAAAUUUUAAAGUCAAAGAUACCAAAAGUGAUGUAGAUGAUACACCAGAUAUUCAAGCUAUUUUUAUUCCAAUAAAAUCGGAACCAUUCUUCUUUGAUUUGAUGAUUUCAAACUGGAACUACAAACAAGAUGUAUUCAAACAUGAAUAUGAAAGGGCAAAACAGGAAAGAAAUAAUGUUUUAUUUUCCUACAUGGUUGAAGCUAUCCUUCUUCAUCCAAAAAGUAGAGGUAAUGUCAGGUUGAAAUCUUCAAAUCCACUUGACAAACCAAGGAUCGAUCCGAAAGUAUUUUCACAUCCAGAUGAUUUAAUCACAUUGGCGGAAGGGGUGAAGUGGAUAUUGAACUUGACUUCAACUAAAGCAUUUGCUAAUGUAGAAGCAGAAUUUGUUCCAAUGCAUACAGAAUGUGAUGAUAAAAUACAUGGUUCAGACGAAUAUUAUAAAUGUAUUUCAACUGGUGAGGCCUCAUUAUUUCAUGGCUGUUGUACUGCUAAGAUGGGAAGCUUUGAUGACUCAGAUGCUGUUGUUGAUUCUCAAUUAAGAGUAUUUGGUGUCAAGCACUUAAGGAUAGCUGAUUCCUCUAUUAUGCCCCAUCAAAUAUCUGCGGGACCACAAGCAACAUGUUUUAUGAUUGGGGAGAAAGCUGCUGAAUUAAUCAAGGAAACACAUUUGAAAUAAUAGUAUCAUCUGCUGCUUCUAGAAUGCAACAUCAUUAUUAUUAUUAUCUGCUUUUUGGGGAGUGGAAAAUCAAAACUUGUUUUUGGGGAAAUAUAUUUGGUUGUUAUUUACUCAUAUUUAUAAUCUUUUGAAAGAAUUAUUCCAAGCAUCAUUAUUCAGUAUUUUUAUUCCACUGCCUGUACAUCAACAUUAACAACAAAUUAUAUGUCAAUAUAUAAUGUUCUUCAUAUAUACAGGCAUAUUUUAUAGUGCUUCUAGUUUUCAGCACAUGUGUUUAUGUUUUAAGUUUAUUUUUGGUAGAUUUGGAAUAAUCUGUCAGUAAAAAUUUUGUGUUGUUUUACAUUUCAUUACAUCUAAUAUCCAUACAGAAGCGUUUUGCCACUAGAAAAAAACAAGAGUCCCCCUUAUAAUGGUUUGUGGUGAAGGUACGCAUUGCGGUGUUUGCUUAUCACUUCUACAACACGAAUCUUUUCGCUUAUAGUUGAGGCAAUCAUGCUUAGAGUAAAAUUGUGUUGUUUUAUAUUUGCUGCAACAUUAGGGCAUCGAAUAUAGAGGAUACCAUGGUAUUGAUCCAUUGAUCGAUAAUUGCUUGUUGUUUUGACGCGAUGACAUGGAACCUCUGUUACAAUAUGCACACGUAUGACAUGGAACAUCUGUGUGCCUAAAACUAACAUAUGAAUUAAAAUAUUGUAGUAAUGAUUGAUAUUUAACUUGAUUAUUCUUGCCGAUAACAUGCUACCAUUGCUUUCUCAG